UUUUUUGUUGACGUCAUCAUCGUGCGCCCGAUAACACUUAGGAGUGACAACGAACAGCAUGGCUGCAGUAAAUAACGUUACUUUAACAAAGUUACAAUCAUUAAACGGCGUAUUCGCCAUAUAUAAGAAAUCGGGACCCACGUCUGCAGACGUGUUAAACACACUGAAACAGGCGCUGUUAAAAGAGGCUGGUGUAGAUAAAGUGAACCCUAGAAAAAGGAAGAAACAGGCUAUCAAACUGGGACAUGGUGGGACUCUGGACAGCUCUGCUUCUGGUGUUCUGGUGGUUGGUAUGGGUGAAGGGACAAAGAUGCUCACCUCCAUGCUUUCUGGAUCAAAGAAAUACACAGCUGUCGGAGAGCUGGGUAAAGCAACAGAUAGCUUCGACGCUACAGGAGGUGUCGUUCAGGAAAAAAGCUACGAUCACAUAACGAGAGAGUUGUUUGAAGAGAAGCUGAAGCAGUUCACUGGUGAAAUCAUGCAGGUGCCCCCUCUGUACUCAGCACUGAAAAAAGAUGGCAAGCGACUUUCUACCUUGAUGAAGGAAGGACACAAUGUGGAAGCUAAGCCAGCACGACCAGUUACAGUAUACAGCCUCUCGUUACAAGACUUUAAUCCCCCACUUUUCACUUUGGACGUUGAGUGUGGUGGAGGGUUUUAUGUCAGAAGCCUGGUGGAUGAUCUGGGAAAAGCAUUGUCCUCAUGUGCUCAUGUACGAGAGCUGACCCGGACAAAGCAGGGCCAGUUCACUCUAGAAGAACAUGUGUUAAGGGAGGAACGCUGGACCUUCCAGGACAUUUCUGAGGUAUUACAGCCCUGCCCUAAGCCUGCAGUUGUGCAAAAAGCGAGCAAAAAAAGCAAAACGCAGGACACCACCUCCCACCUCGUCUCUGAACCUGCUGCAAAAGAUCUCCAACAUAGCAGACACGAUCCUGAUGGUGAAGACCAUAAACGCAGCACUGAUUAAAGAGCACUCUGUUACUUUGUUAAAUGCUUAACUGAGUGGUAACAAACAAAUUGUCCUGUAAUCCUUCAGUGAGUAAUAGAGAGAAUCAGCUUCACCACAUCAAAAAGCCCUUUUGAGUUGUUCAAGAAUUCCUUAUAGUUUUAUAACAAUGUUCUGUUGGCUGCCAUCAACAUGUUCCACAGGCACUGAUAUUUGUUUUUCCUGAACCUCAGGCAAUUUGUGGCAACGCUAAACUGCUCUGUAUUUUUAUGGCCAUGCGCCAUUUGGCAGCUUUUUGUGGUUGUUAUGGUAGAACAGAGGAACCGACAUACUUGCUCUGUUUUUCCCACUUCUUGAAAAUAAUAGUCUGCCACAGAGGUGCUGACCUUUAUGUUGAACCUCAUUUGUAAUUAAAGACUGGCCCAGAUGGGUAAUAAUAAAUACUAAAACA